UGCCCGCGUGCCCGGACGUGACGUACCCGCAUGCCCGGACGUGACAGGCUAAGGGCGGGGCGCGGGGCGGCCUGAAAGGUGCCGCGGGAAACUAGGAGCUCCGGGCGGACACGCCGGUCAUGGCCGGAAGUGACAAAGGGGGAGACGGGGCGGCGCUGGGGCUGCGGCUGGCGCUGGCGGCGGCCUGGCACGUGGUGCGGGCUCGGCAGACCCGGGACUACCCGCAGGCACUGGGGCUGCUGGACGCUGUGGGGCAGGCGGCCCCCGACGCCGUUGCCUUCCGGCACUAUGCCAAGCUGUGCCUGGGCCUGCAGGCCGCGGUGAUCAUGAAGAUGCUGGAGGAGGAGGAGCCGGAUGAGAAGAUCUAUGAUGCUAUGGACACCUACUUUCCUGAGGGCGAGCCUAAACAGCACCCCCUUGCUACCCCCCGGGACAUUGAGAUAGUGACAGAGGCCCAGGAGGCCUUCCGGGCCCAAGUGCUGGGGCUGCUGAGCAACCGACAGGCCAGGGAGAGGUACUUGGAGGGGCAGCUGGAGGCUGAGUACGGAGAGGCUUUUCUGCGUAUGCUGGAGCAGCUCUUCUAUGAGUACCUGCUACGACUGGAGAGUGCCUUGCCCCUGCCCAAUGUGAGCCAGCUGCAUGAGAUGGCUUGGAGCCAGUGCCCCCUACCCCAGGGCACACAGUGCCCUAAGGAGCUGCACCUCCUGACCCGCUAUCUGGUGGAUGUGGGGCACCAGAGUCAGGGCCCCCUCCCCCAGCCCCCUCGCACCAACACGCCCACCUCCACCCAGCAGCAGCCUGUGCAGCUGGCACCCCAGCCAGCACCUGGGUCCCUCCAGCACCCGCCCAGGCCGGCCCAGAGCAGCAAAGACCCUCCCCGUAGACGCAGACUGUACAGCCAGAUGCCCAGGGACCAGAAGCAGGGUGGGCACCAGAUUCUCAGUGACCCCAGGCAUCCAGACACGGUGCAGGACGUAGUGUGGGACUCUGCUGAUGAAGAGAGCAGCUUCCUCUGCUGGAAGGCCACCUACCAGCACACCCAGCACCACACCCUGAUCCCCACCUUCCAUGACCAUGUAGGCUCUCCCAGCACUGGGUGCCUGAGCUGCAUGGACCCUGUCCUGCCUUCACAGGGCAGCCCCCAGCUCUGGGGCACAGACACUGGCUUCCCAGGGGCACCACGCAGUGUUUCUUGCUGACACCCAAUAAACACGGGCAGUGGUUGCCACACCCCUGCUGGAGUCUUGCUUGCUUAUGGAGGUGUGGGGCUGGCCCAGGAGCAGUCUCUAAAGGGUGGGACUCUUGUUAUUCACUGGCGGGGCAGCUGAUGAGAAGGAGGGAUGGGUGGAGGAAUUCUUGCUUCCCAGUGGCCAGGCACUUGCCUCUGCUGGAAGGAUGGAGCUAAUCCCUGCUGCUGAUUGCCUGGGCUAGUUUAUCAUAUGGCCUUCAAGGCUGCUGUUAACUGACCAAUGACAAGGAGGCAUCUGUGGGGGCAUGCUGGAUGGAGGGCCCCGGCCUGUGAUACUGGGUGCCCUGGAGGGAAGGAUUUUGCUGUGGAUUGGCUGGGUUGACUCUUGACUCUUCUGUGAAACCCUAUGAAAUACGAACUUUCAUUUCUACUCAGGAGAACUUUUACAGUCUUUUCUCUAAUGCCUGAGGAAGGGUGUUUAAGCCUGAAAGCUUGCAAUUACAGAAAUAUUUUGCAAAAAUCUUGUUGGUCUAAUAAAAGGUAUUAUCUCUA